CACGGACGCCGUGCACAAUGGAAGAGUUCGAAGGCAGCACGGAAAGUGACGAGCAAGAAGAGCCGAUAGAUCCCAGGAUACAGGAGGAGUUGGAGAAGUUAAAUACGGCCACAGAUGAAAUAAACAAACUGGAAACAGAGCUUGAUGAAGCUCGAGCGCGCUUCCGAAGCACAUUAAAUGAGUCUGGCCACCGUUUAACACAGCUGUACAGGAAGUAUAAGAGAAAUGUAGAUAAAGCUCGGCCUUAUUAUGAUGCAAGAAGAGAGGCAGAGCAGGCCCAAGAAGAGACCCAUCGGGCAGCACGUGAGUUCCAGCGGGCUAACAGCCUGUAUAAAGCAGCCAAGGAAACUAUACAGCUGGCCGAGCAGAGACUCCUUGAUGCUGAUCCCUCUGAGAAAAGAGAGUUUGACUCUGCCUGGCAGGAAAUGCUGAACCAUGCUACCAUGCGGGUAAUGGAGUCAGAGCAGGAGAAAGGGAAGAGUGAGAUGGAGCACCACAAAAAGGCUUCCUUCUACGAGGCGGCUCAACACAAGGUGUUGCUACUGGAGAAGAAGUUUAAACGAGCCAUUAGUAAUUCCAAACCAUAUUAUGCUGUAAAAUUGGAUUUAGAAAAACAGCUUGAGCAACAGAAAAUUGAUGUCGAGGACCUCCAGAGAGCCAUUAGUGCUGCUAAACACAAAUAUUCCGCAGCUCUCAAGAAUUUGGAGAGAAUAUCGGAGGAAGUGCACCUGCGGCGGAAGUCACGCGUUGGGCAGUUCAAGCUUCCUCCCCGUGAGCCAGGAGUGGGGGCUGAAAGUGUUAGCAGUGAGUCCAGCUUGCCGGAGGUUAACUUAGACAAAUUAGAAAAAGGCAGCUACGCUGGUGGGUUGAGUGAUGAUGACGAUAUAGAAUCUGUGGAUUCCAGAGACAAUGGCUUAGAAGACUCACUGGAGUUGAAACCUCGAAGUUUUUCCAAGGAUUCAGACAAAAAUGUGACAUUUUCCACCGACCAGGAAGAAAUAGAUGCAGACUUGGACCAUACUCUCCAUCAGGGGGCUGUAGAGGACGUGCAUUCCAAGAUGAUCCCAUCGGAGACCAGAGCCUCAAUGGGAGACGGAAGCUCAGAAACCGAGCAGCCAGAUGCGGUGCUGCCAACAAGUUCAAUUUUGCUAAAUGACAAUGUUGAUAAUUUUGUUCCUCCUGAACCUUCGACAGAAGUUCACCACCACCAACAUCACCACCAUCACCACCACCACCAUCAUAUGGACCAGUCCCAUUUAGCACUGCCCCCUAGUGGUGGUGGUGCAAGUCAUCCACAUAACCGCCAUAGUUCACACGAACAGCGCAGACAUAGUUUGCAGCCUCCUGACAUCGUUGCAGCGACGAAGAGGAGAGCGAACUCCGUUUUAGUUAUGCCAGGCCACUCGGAGUCCCUGCUGGAGCCUGGGGCACCUGUGUCGAGGGAGAGAAGAACGAGUAAAGUCACGCAGGGCUUGGCCCAUCUGAAUGUGAAUGACUUGCUGCUGCAGCAUGCACAGUCGGAAGGGCAGUCCUGA